CGUCGAGGCCCUAAAACCCUAACGAAGACCAAAACUCCCUCCCCUCCGCCACGCUAAAACCCCCCCCCCGAAAAAAAUCCCACCAGCUCCACCGCCGGGACCGCCUCCGUCCUCCGCCGACCCCCGCCGCGAAAUGGCGGCCCUCGUCCCCGACGCCGUCCGGAAGGUGUUCACCCCCGAGACCCUGCGCGCCGCCGCCAAGCAGUCCGACGGCUGCCUCGCCGUCCCCGUCCGCCUCCGCCGCGCCAUCAAGAAGUACCUCCGAGAGCUGGAGGAGCCGUACCUCAGGAGGAAGGUCCUGAGGCUAUCCGCCUCCUUCAGCGAAAUCAAGGACGUCAACCUGCUGCUGGCGGCCUCGACGUCGAAGGAGCUGGUCGAAGAUCCUCUGAAGUCGGUGGAGAGCUCCAAGAGGUGGAAGAUUAAGAGCGCGUACGGCGAUAUCGGUCUCAAGUACAGGGACGACGAGACCGCCGCUUAUGUCGCUUCGCGGAUGCCGGCCGUUUACUCCGCUUGCUACAGAGUCCUCAAAGAGGUACGCAGAAGGUUACCUGAUUUCUCUCCAGCUAGAGUGUUAGAUUUUGGUGCGGGCACGGGAUCAGCUUUCUGGGCACUCCGGGAAGUCUGGCCACAGUCUGUUGAGAAAGUUAAUUUGGUGGAGCCGUCUCAAUCAAUGCAGCGUGCUGGUCGGAGCCUCAUACAAUGUAUGAAGAACUUGCCACUUAUUCAUAGCUACGAUAGCAUUCAGUCACUUUCAAAGAACCUCAGCAAGUCCGAGAGGAAACAUGACCUUGUGAUUGCUUCAUACGUGCUAGGAGAGAUACCCUCACUCAAAGAUCGAAUUACAACAGUUCGUCAGCUGUGGGAUCUCACAGAGGAUGUUCUGAUUUUAGUUGAACCGGGGACACCUCAUGGAUCUAAGAUCAUAGCUCAGAUGAGAUCUCACAUAUUAUGGAUGGAAAAUAGGAAAUUGCGCAAAGCUGCAAAACUAAAUCAGGACUGUAAGGAUUUGGUGGCUCUCAAAAGCGGGGUCUUUAUAGUUGCUCCUUGUCCUCAUGAUGGGCGAUGUCCAUUAGAGAAUACGGGGAAAUAUUGCCAUUUUGUUCAGCGUUUGGAGAGAACAUCUUCCCAGCGGGCUUACAAGCGCUCAAAGGGUGAGCCUUUACGAGGUUUUGAAGAUGAGAAAUUUUGCUUUGUUGCUUUCAGACGGGGACAACGACCUAGGGGAGCUUGGCCACUGGAUGACAUAAAAUUUGAAACAUUGAAGGAGCUGCAUGCUAAGAGAAAUCCUGAGGAUCUUGAAAUUGAUCUUGAGGACUACAUGAAGAUGCAGUCAGUUGAGACUCCACAUGAAGAGAUAGAUCCAGUUUCAUAUGAUUCCGACGUCGUAGAAUCAGAUGUAAUUGAUGAAGAUAUCGACGAGGAAGGUGAUGAAGAGGAGUCCAUCCGUGCUGAUCUCGGAGGUGGUUGGGGCAGGAUUAUCUUUACUCCUGUUCGUAGAGGCAGGCAGGUUGCAAUGAAUGUGUGCCGGUCAACCAAACGCGAUGGCUCGGAAGGUGCAUUUGAGCGCGUGGUGGUCACAAAGAGUAAGAAUCCCAAUUUGCACCAUCAAGCUAAGAGAUCUCUCUGGGGAGAUUUGUGGCCCUAUUGAGAUUAAAGGUUUUGUCUCCAUUCGUCCUUUUUUUCUUCUUUUUGGAUUGUUGUACUUGUCUGUAAAUAAAAUCAUAGGAGAUUCAUUUUUUGUUACAAA